AUUUCAAUGUCUAACAUUCGCGUAAACCUAAGAAACCACUACGCAUACUUUUAUUAUAAGCUUGUGUACUUUACGCGCACCAAAAUAGUGAUUAAAAUACUUAAGGUCAUAAUAUUCAUAUUAAUCCAAAGGUUUUAGUUAUUUUAAUCGAUGACGCUAUAAACAGUUACUUGAUCUUAGAAUUUCAAGUUUUCGUAACCAUUCACAGGUUGUUAUUUAGAAAGAUUUCCGAAACACGUCGGGCUACCGCGAAAAUUGCUGCAUGAACACAAUGUUAUUACGUUAAAGUAGACGACAGUGACGGGUUCGUCAUUUACAAAGCACUUCCUCUUAACAAUAUAAUGUAUAACACCCACUUAACAUCGCUUUCUCAUUCUGUUUUUGUAUUAGGGAAAUAAUGUGAUGAGAUAUAAGAAGCAUUCUUAUAUUACACGCCGAAGGUUUUACUCGUUUGCGGUAGUAUAUGAAGAAAAAUGAUAAUUCUUAGUGAAAAUAUGAAAAAAAAUAUGGCAUUUUUAUCGCCGAUCCUGCCUUACGGCGUGAUAGAGUCCUGGGACGAUCUCAAUCCGCGGCUGUACCAUGCCGUCCACAUUUACUGGCUCAAGUUUUACGGCAUGUGGUUCAACAAUUUCUCGCCGAAGUGUAUCCAGUUUUGGCUUCAGAUGAUGUACACUCUGCUCGUAUUAUGGCUUGUGUGUUUUUUUCCUGGCAUCGGAGAAGUUGUUUAUUUACUGAGGCGAAGGGAAAAUAUUGGAGAUGUCGCCGAAGGGUUGUAUUUAUUUUUGAGUGAAAUGUACACUUAUUUUAAAAUCGCAGUAUUUUGGAUAAAUAAAGAGAAAGUAGUGAAUCUUUUGAAAUAUUUACAUUGCAAUGAAUUCAAACCGAAAGAGCCGGAGCACCGAGAAAUUAUAACAAAAAGCAUAAAGUCAGCUCGCUUCGUCAUGACAUACUAUUCAACUAUGUGCGUAGGAGCAGUAUCAGUUGGAAUAAUAAUGCCUCUAACAGAAAACUUCGACAUCUUACCUACGAACGUGGAGUAUCCAUUUCUGAAUGUAUACAAAACGCCGGCUUAUGAGGCCGUUUAUAUUCAUCAUAUUUAUUACAAACCAGCGACGUGUAUCAUCGACGGUGUUAUGGACACGAUACUGGCUGCCUUCGUCGCAUCAGCUAUCGGACAAAUUGAAAUACUGGCGUUUAACUUGCGUAACUUCGAUAAAGUCGCUGAGAGGCAGCGUAUACGAGACGUUGCCGAGAACAAAUACAUAGAGGAGUACCCCGAACAGUACUACGUGCGGUCCGUGCUCAAAGACUGCAUCGUACACCACAACUGCAUUAUACGGUACGUGUCAAUGAUUGAGAGCGCUUUCAGUCUGGCGUCGGCAUUGCAGUUCAUGUUGAGCGUAAUGGUGCUGUGUUUGAUCGGAAUACAAUUUCUUUCGAUCGAGAACCCAGCGAGUCACCCGAUGCAGAUCGCGUGGAUGGGGAUAUACCUAACUUGCAUGCUGAUCGAAGUCUUCAUACUGUGCUGGUUUGGCGAUGAAUUGAUCUGGAAGAGCACUGAACUCCGAAAAGCAGCAUUUGAAGGGCCAUGGAUGAACAGUGACCGUAAAACCAACAUGUUCAUCAUUAUAUUCCUGGAGAGGUGCAAGACACCUUUAAGGCUCACUGCUGGGAAGAUAUUCACGUUAUCACUUGAUACCUACACAGUGUUGAUCAACUGGUCGUACAAAGCCUUUGCUGUUAUGCGUAACAUGAAGAAAUAAACAUUCACUAUAACGUUAAAUUUUGUGUUUGUAAUUAAACUGUGCAACACAAAGCACAAUUACUCAGC